AUGCCCAUUCUUUGCAGUAAUAUACGCUGUCUGGUCUCAUCCUUUAAGCUCUCCCAACGCACCCUCGGAGGGCCACUACUCAAGCACCUCUCCAAGCUGCAGGUCCGUUCCGUCUACCCACCCCUGCCCUGUCCUGGCACAUGUACGAUCUCCCCUGCCAUGGCUGCAGGUACGACCUCCUCCACCACCUUCUCUGCAGGGGCCAAACCUCUUCUUUGCUUCCCCCACCCCCUUCUCUGCUUCCCCCCAUCCUCUUCCCUGCUUCCCCCACCCCCUUCUCUGCUUCCCCCCCAUUCCCUUCUCUACUUCCACCCAUCCCCUUCCCUGGUCCCCCCCAACCCAUUCUCUGCUUCCCCCCAUUCCCGUCCCCAUCCCCUUCCCUGCUUCCCCCCAUCCCUUUCCCUGCCCGUCCCCAUCCUCUUCCCUGCUUUCCCCCAUUCCCUUCUCGGCUUCCCCCCAUCCCCUUCCCUGCUUCCCCCCAUCCCCUUCUCUGCUUCCACCCAUCCCCUUCCCUGGUCCCCCCCAACCCAUUCCCUGCUUCCCCCCAUUCCCGUCCCCAUCCUCUUCCCUGCUUCCCCCCAUUCCCGUCCCCAUCCUCUUCCCUGCUUCCCCCCAUCCCCUUCUCUGGUCCACCCCAUCGCAAUCCCUGCAUCCCAUUCUCCGUUGUUCCACGCCUCCGGGCCCACUGUUCCCCCCUCGCUUCGCCUCAUCACCCCCCCGCGUUCUUCUCCCCUUUCCACUCUCUACCACUCCCGUGCCUCCCCUCUUCUAGGUCACACCCGAAUGGAGCCAGAAAACCUGACGCAACGCCUUAGGCAAGCAUCCAGAGAAGCAUCCGCGCGUGUGGGUUCAUCAAGAGGUCAUCAGAGGCUCGAGAUUGACAUCGAGAAUCAUGAUAAGUGGCCCGAUCUGAGCCUUGGGGAGCAGGUGGUUUCUGCUUCUGGUGCUCGCGGGUUGUGGGCAGUCACGACGGGUGACGGCAACAGACGCUACUCGGAUGAUCCUGGCGGCCACCCCCUGUCGAGUGCAGAUGAUUCCGUGCAGUCGGGCGGUAACCGCCACCGGCAGCAUCGUUGUAGGGCUUCCGCCACUCCCCCUCCCAUUGCAUCCGCCACUCCCCCUCCCACUGCAUCCGCCGCUCCCCCUCCCACUGCAUCCGCCGCUCCCCCUCCCCCUGCAUCCGCCGCUCCCCCCCCCCCUGCAUCCGCCGCUCCCCCUCCCCCUGCAUCCGCCGCUCCCCCUCCCCCUGCAUCCGCCGCUCCCCCUCCCCCUGCCUCCGCCACUCCCCCUCCCCCUGCAUCCGCCGCUCCCCCUCCCCCUGCAUCCGCCACCCCCCCCUCCCCCUUCAUCCGCCGCUCCCCCUCCCAAUGCAUCUGCCACCCCCCCCUCCCCCUGCAUCCGCCGCUUCCCCUCCCACUGCAUCCGCCACUCCCCCUCCCCUUGCAUCCGCCACUCCCCCUCCGCCUGCAUCCGCCACUCCCCCUCAGGCUGCUACCUCACCCCUUCUUCCACCUCGCCAUGUUUCAGCUAUUUCUGUCCAAGGCGUAA